AUGGCCCGCUUUCUGUUCUUGGCGGCUGCCGGGAGCUGUGUUGCUACGUACUCACACGGCAGCUGUCCCCUGACACACAGGACUGCAAAUGUUAUCAGCAGGACCGCCAAGCUGUGCAAUGCUGUGUGCCUGAUACUUAGUGCCAGGACUUGCCAGGCACUCAAAGAGGAAGCCCACGGCGAGCACAGCAUACAGCUCCUGCAGCACACACGAGACCGGUACGGCCGACAGCGCGCCCACGACCCCAGCAGCUUCUUCAAUGUGUCUGCCAUCUUGGCGGAUAGUCCCGAAGGCACUUUUCUGUCGCGCAUGUCCAUCCUCGUCCAAGCUGUCGGUCUGACAUACAACACCACCACACCGAAGUUCCAGCCGGAACUUGCCGAUGCUCACAUAUCUUCAGGCUCUGGCACCUGGUUUCGGAAGAAGCAGUUCGACCGGGACCCCGACAAGGGUGGCGUCUUUGCACGGACAUUUGUCAAUGACGAGCGGCGCUCCGCGGUGGUCGCGUUCAAAGGCAUCUGCGACACCUUAGGUCUCGAACAGUGCGUCAUUGAUGCCUGCAAGCUCAAGAGCAUCGGCGCCUACGGAAACCUCUCGGAAGCUAUGGCAUCAAUCGUGGGAGCAGACGAGCAGGCCUGCGAAGGCUACAAGGAGCACUUGAACUACGUGGAGCAGGCCCUGAGCUACGCUGAGAUGGUGCGCGCUGCACUGGAAGAUUACGAAAUCAUGAUGACCGGCCAUUCCAUGGGAGGUCUGCUGGCAAUUGUCACUGCUUCCCAGAUGGGCCUCCAAGCGUUGACGUUCGCACCGACUCCCUUUCACAACGUUUUGAAGGAGGAGUUGAACCUCACGGACGAGCAGAUCUCUCGCAUGGACGCUAAGGACCUGGUCGCAACCUGCGACCCCUUCGAUUGUGGCAUCAAUUCUGCAUACGUCGACGAUGCGCGCCGUGGAUCUAAGACGUGUCUUUACAUGGACACUGAUGAACCAUCUCCCUGCAAGUCUUUGCCGGCCCCAUACGAAUCAGCAGGAUGGCGAGAGCAGCUGCACACGAAUGGCUCCGGCCUGGCCAGCCUGGUGCCAGCCGCGCAGAACUUGCUUUGCAAGAUGAGUGCUCAUCAGUGGCCGCGUUACGAGGCGAUUGUGCUCGAACAGGGCAGCGAUGGUGCACCAAGCAACCUCCCAGUGUGCAAUACAGAUUUCAGCGUUCUAGACGUUUCUGACGGCAUGUGGCAGAAGCUGGAUUUCCUUCGCACAUGGUUUGGAAGCUAUCGGCCUGGCUAG